GAGGCAGCAGGUGCUUUAGUAAGGAUGCUCUGAAGGGGACGCCUGCCUGUUGGAUAGAGAGCCACAGAGCAGGGAGGGAAACAGGCUGAGAAAGAGAGAGGGAGAGAGAAAGCCUAUUUCUGCGAUCACAAACACACACACACACACACACACACACACACACAUACAUGUAUACUGAGUAUCUCCAUCUCAUAAACUCAUCCCCUCUCAUCUCAGUCUCUCUCCAUUUCACAUACACCCAUACUUAUCGGCUGUCUAUCACACUCCCUGUCACACUCACACCACUCGCAAAUACACACGCGCACUCACUUUCUCCAUCUGUUACACAGGCACAAGCUCGGUCCACAGUACACAUACACCCAAACUCAUACACUCCUGUGUCUCACACACACACACACACUGUGGCUUCAGCUAUUUCUUAAGCACCGGCAUCUCUCACAUCCACAGCUGUGGAUAGAAGAUUUAAACCCGAAGCCAGCUAAAAGGAAAAGGACCAAAAAGCAAGUCGAUGGAGCACAGUCACAUCUUCGACAGUGUCUUCGACAACAGCACAGAGCUGUCCCGCGACUGUGCUCUAGGUUUCCUGCCUGUCAUCUAUUACAGCGCCCUACUCUGCCUUGGACUGCCAGCCAACAUCCUGACAGUCAUCAUCCUCUCCCAGCUGGUGUCACGGCGGCAGAAGUCCUCCUACAACUACCUGCUGGCCCUGGCGGCCGCGGACAUCCUGGUGCUCUUCCUCAUUGUCUUCGUCGACUUCCUCCUGGAGGACUUUGUGCUGAGACGCCCCCUGCCGCCCACCCUGGAUAAGGUCAUGCAGAUACUGGAGUUUUCCUCCAUCCACACCUCCAUCUGGAUCACUGUUCCCCUCACAAUAGACCGCUACAUUGCCGUGUGCCAUCCACUCAAAUACCAUACCGUCUCGUACCCGGCCCGUACACGCAAGGUCAUUGUCACUGUCUACUUCACCUGUCUGCUCACCAGUGUCCCUUACUUCUGGUGGCCUGACUUGUGGCAGGAGAAAUACAACAGUACCUCUGUGCACCAGAUCCUCGUGUGGGCUCACUGCGUGACCGUCUACCUGGUGCCCUGCUCCAUCUUCUUCGUGCUGAACUCCAUCAUCAUCCACAAGCUCCAGCGCCGCCGGAGCUGCUUCCGCCUGAGAGGGUACUCCACGGGCAAGACCACGGCCAUCCUCCUCACCAUCACCACCAUCUUCGCCAUCCUGUGGGCCCCCCGGGUGGUCAUGAUCCUCUAUCACCUCUAUGUGUCGCCCAUCGGUAAUCCCCGCCUGGUGCACCUGGUCACGGAUGUGGCCAACAUGCUGGCCCUGCUCAACACUGGCAUCAACUUCUUCCUCUACUGCUUCAUCAGCAAGCGUUUCCGGGGCAUGGCGGCCGCCAUGCUGAGGGCCUUCUUCCGUUGCCAGAAGCAGCCCAACCAAUUCUAUACCAACCACAACUUCUCCAUCACCAGCAGCCCAUGGAUCUCCCCUGCCAACUCCCACUGCAUCAAGAUGCUGGUGUACCAGUACGAUAAGAACGGCAAGCCAGUGCGCAUCUCCUCGUGAAGAGAGGGGGCUCCCCCUGCACACUCCCCCAGACCUCCGUGGAGGAUAGAAAAUAGUUCCUUUAGUUUGUAAAGGCACAAGAGUCAGCCCUGCCUUAGCCAUCAGGUGUUGCUAGAGGCUGGUGGUGUUUUACGUUGAGGAAGAAUGGAAUAUAAUGGUACAGAUUUAGAUGUGACUAUUUAUUCUGGACAGCUUUACGUAAAUUAGAUUUCUAUGAUCUUUUGUCCCAGUUAACAAAAAAAUCAAAUCCUUUCCGACAAGAGCACAGGGCCUGUUGCAGUUCAUCUAACAAUUGUAAAACAUCUCAGUGAAACAUGGUUGUGAGAGUUGUCUCUUUUUGCUCUCCUUAAAGAUGUUUAGAUGCCUGGUCAUCGUCAAGCCAUGAAACAGCGAGACACCUCCUUCUUAUGGUGCAGACAGGAUUGUUCCUUUUAUAUGACAGGUUUUAUGUGCCGGAUUUGUUCUUUGGAUGUGUGGGUUUCCACCACACUGUGCUCCCAGUAUCAGUUCAGUGAGAUUCACGCCUCAUUGAGGUGGAUAAUACAGUAGUCUAUUCACAGAGACUCAGGCCAGGGAAACUUGGAGCUACAUUACACUUUCAAUUCAGAAUUACAACCUUGUAAUAAAUGCAAGGACACCGUGAAAAUCAUUACCCACACCCUGAAGUUGGCUAAAUUAUUUAUUACAUCUACACAACUAUAUUUCAUAGAUGUUGUUAUUGAAUUGACAUAAACUUGAUUAUCUUCAAAAUCACAGAACUACAUAUUAAGCAUGUGUAGAAAAUAUGGAAACUAUGGUAUGUAAUCCAUAGUAAUACACAACUACAGCAACCUUAUUAACGCUUUAAAAAUAAUGGCUGCAGCUUUAAACAUAUACUGCCAUUCAUAUUUGUGAUUUGUAUUGUAGUAAUCUUUUGUCUGGGUUAUUUUUGACUGGAUCAUUGACCAAGGUCUUUGUUUAGGGAGUUAUCUUCCAUACAGAUGUUGGUAUUUACAUGUAGUUCACACACAGAUGUUUGUUUGAUUUAUUGCUGGGACCUAGAGUGCAAUAAGGCCCCAAAAUAUUGUAUGGUGUAUUAAGAUUUAUAAUACAAAUCCCAACAUUUAUUUUAAUGGAUACAGAGACUGAGGAGGAUAUAUUGCAUUGUACAUUUCUUCAUGCUAAUAGCAAUCCACAAUGUAUUUAUUUCUUUAUUUCUUAAUUUUGUAUUUAACAAGGAGGUUCAAGCUUAAAACAAAUAUUUAUUUUAAUAAAUAUGAAAACAUUAUUUAGGAGGACAUUUAACAGAUCGGAAGUUGAACUUGUACACGUGAGCCUUGGGGGCUGUAUCUUCAAAGAGUUCACGGCAGUUUUUAAUUAACUCCUAUUUGUUUGGUUGUAUUUUUUAAAAAUCUCCUUUAUAAAAACAGGAGUUAAGUAAAGACGGGUAAAAACUUUCAAAAUAUAGCCAUAUGUGUUUGUUUUAAUGUUGUUUAAAAAAAAGAUAUAUAUUAUGUUUUAUUUUAGAAUUUUAGACAGUAAUUAUACAAAAGUAAACAGGAAGUAGCAGGAAGUAGCAUUUGUUAUUUGGACUACAGAUAAGUGGGAUGGAACUUAUUUGGUUUCAAACAUUUAAGGCUUAUAAAAUGCGUCUAAUUUCCAGAUAAGGUGACACACCCUCAGUAUCAACCUUCAUUAGUUUGUAAAAUCAACAUAUGCAGUCCCUGUGGUAAUAAUUAGUACACAAUAACGAAGAGCAUGAUUGCGUUGGAUCUCUGUUACGUUAAAGGAAAGGGAGUAGUGAUGACUCCAGGGAAACACGGGAUACAUAGUUCUUUUGUUCCACUUACAACUGGGGUGAUUUGAUGACUAAAACUGUCUUCCUUUUCCGUAGCACCUGAUUUCUCAAGGGAUUCGAAAUGCUUCGUACAGUAAGUGAAAACACUGGGACAUCACCAGAAGACGCUAGAACCUUUUAACCUCAUCAGUGCCACAGGCUGCUUUCUAAUUGACUAUUAAUUACUUACUCUCAGAUAUUAAGAAUAUAGAAGGGAGAUAAAGCAAUACCUGUCGACUCGUCACUACAGCUUCUAAACACAGUUAAACUGUUUGCACUGUUAAAGGUGUUCUAGUUAUUUUCCUAGUUAUUUUCUUUUUUUUUUAAAAAUAUUUUCAGGGUAAAUUACCAGUAUCUUGACAUGUUUCAAAGAAAAAUACUUAAGAAGUUUGUCAAAAGGUUUGCUCACCUCAACUUGAAGGCAAUUCUUAAAGCAAACUUGUCUAAUAUAAAAAAACAGUUUAUCAAAUACUAAAAUAGUGAGCUAUCAGUUGAUCAAUUACUCAUCUUCAUCUUCAAAAUGUAAUUAAUGUAUGGAAGAAAGCAUUGCCAAAUGAUUUUCACCUCAGACUUGUUUGUCUGUUAUGCUAUUUAGAUUAGCACACAAAUUCCACACUUCAUUAACUUUCAAAGGAGGACCAGACCUCACCAUGGCAACCGCAAACUGGUGUGGCUGACGAGCAUCUACGUUGCCAUAGAAACCUCUCCAAAGUCAAGGCGUGACAAUGAGAAAGGAUAGGGGCCUUUCUGCCCAUAAUGACGUCAUCAGAUAAAGUCUUCAAAAAAAAAAAAGUGUUUGUUUGUUUAAAUCUCUUUCUCAGCUUUUUCGAAAAUAUUUUCCACACCAUUCCUGGUCCUGUACCCACAACUUAAUCUGCACGUAUGCGAACUCUUUGAACAAUAGCCACUGUCAAGAGCUGUCAAUGACAAUGAGAAGUCAUUAACACCAGGCCCAUAGGCAGUAAACACACACACACACACAUAGCAGAUCAAACUUGCACAACACAUGUUUUAUGAUCACGUCUUCAAAGUUUAUGACUGAGUGGUUUUUAAAGGUGGCCUAUCUAAUUUGAAUCUCAGACUGAGGGGAUCAGACAGACAUAGAUAUUACACAGACUGUCUGAAUUGGGAACUUCAGUUAAGAUGUUUUCUAUAAAGUUUCAGUGUUUCAGUUUUAUAAGUAUGUAUGGAUCUCACUGCUUGGGGACAGGGCUGGAUUUGUACCUGUUCAAAUAGGCCAUCUCAAGGGACAUGGUGCAAUAUGAAUUUAAAUGUCAUUGAAGGAAAAUGUAAAGCACAUGUAGGUACAGAAUGUGUGCCAGCAGCUGUAAUAUAUCAAAUAAGUGAUAUCUUAUAUCAUUAGCAUUAUAUGAAUGACUGAAUUUAUUUAUUUAAUUGUUUAUUUAUGCUGGAAGUCUUUAAAAGCAUAAAUGGUACAGAUAAAGUUAACCCAAGACACGACUUCAAAUUUAGCACAGAGAGACGAGCAAGAGGGCAUAAGUGGAAGCUGAGUAAAAGUACAUUUAGAACAGAAGGUAGGAAGCACUUUUUUAUAAAUGAAUGGAAAGUGAGUAGGAUCUAAAGCACUGGGAUAAUUUAAAAAAAUAAAAGGUGAGGCUGGUGUGCUAACAAGGGAUGAGCCUUGAUGGGCCGAAUGGCCUUUUCUCAUUCCCAAACUUUUCUAAUGUUCUUAUGUAAUAACACUGGUGCUAGUAACACUUACCCUCCACUUCUCUAUUAUUAGUAUAUUAGGUUUCUCUGGCCUGUAAGAUGAUUCUCUGCUACAAGAUAAACUGUGAGAGACAGGAAUAGACUGUUCUACCUGUCGCAUGAUCUCACUGAACACUACGACCACGUCUUUAAAAAUCUUGUUCAGAUAUGUCAAUGUUUUUUUAUUAAGUGCAAUAUAGAUUUUGUGAAAGGGUUUAAUAAUUCCCUUUAAUUGUUAUAACGUAUUGUCCUGAUAUGUGAUAUUUAUAAAGCCUUAGUUUAGGGACCCAUUAUAAGUGGUUAUCUAUAAACAUGUUAUUAAUUAACAGUAUUAGAUUAUGAUGAAAAAUAAUACAUAAUAAUAACACAAAAUGAAUAUAAAAAAGAUUUGCUUUUAUUAUAGG